AUGCCACCAUCUCACCCACCCCUCUCCACCGUUCUCCCUCCUCUCAUCUGUGGAACCGCAACCUUCAACAAUCAAUACAACCCCGAUACCUCCAAAAUCCCUUGCAACGCCAUCAUCCAACGCGCCCUCGAACUCGGCGUAACAGCAUUCGACACCUCUCCCUACUACGGUCCCUCCGAAUCCCUUCUCGGCACCGCCCUCACCCAACCCGCCGUCCUCUCCUCCUUUCCCCGCGAAAGCUAUAAGAUCCUCACCAAAGUCGGUCGCAUAGGCGCCUCCGAGUUCGACUACUCACCAGAAUGGGUCCGCUACUCCGUCCAGCGAUCAUGCGAACGUCUACACACAAAAUACCUAGACGUGGUCUACUGCCACGACGUUGAAUUCGUAACCCCCUCCGAAGUCCUCCAAGCAGUCAUCGAACUCCGCCGUAUCCGCGACACAACCGGAACCAUAAAAUACAUCGGAAUCUCCGGCUACCCCGUUCCUCUUCUCUGCGAACUCAGCGAGCUCAUCCUAUCUUCCACAGGCGAGCCCUUAGAUGUGGUAAUGUCAUACGCGAAUUACACGCUGCAAAACACCACGCUCCAGACGCAAGGGCUUCAGAAGCUUAAGAGAGCAGGCGUUGACUGCGUCCCCAAUGCAAGUCCUCUCGGCAUGGGACUCCUCCGCAGCGUAGGCGUGCCCGUGGGCGGAAAAGGAGAUUUCCAUCCUGCGCCGCCAGAACUGCGUCAGAAAGUUGCGGAGGCGGCCAAAUACACGGCUUCGAAUGGCGAUAAAUUGGAGACGGUAGCUAUCCGCUGGGCGCUCGAGACCUGGGCGCGUUCUGGUUCGCAAAAUGGUGUCGGUGUAAGUGUGAUGGGCGUCAGUAACCUGUCUGAGCUGGAAGAGACAAUGUCCGUGUAUAAUUCCAUUCUCGAUGGUCUACCAGUCUCCGGACGAGAGGUCAGCACAGAGAAGAAGGUCUGGAGUGAGGAGCGAAGAAAACAUAUUGCCGAGUUGGCGGAAGGUGUGUGGGCUAUUCUGGGGGACUUGAAGGAUUACACCUGGGCGAGUCCAGACGAGGGAUACAUUAAUAUGCGCGUUGCGAAAGGUGUCGUUGAUGUCGUUGCACCGUUACCGACACUUCCUGCCCCCAAGGGAACGGAAACUGGGUUGGAGACGGAUAGGAUUGUCAAGACUAGUAGACUAUGA